CUCAUUCACUCCGCCUUUUUCCUCUUCCAACUCUCAACAAUCCCCCACAAAACAGCCUUUCCCCCCUUUCUAUCCCUACACGUCCUACAGGAGGCUCUGACAUCUUCUACCUUAUUGUCUAUUUCUUCAUAUUGCACCAUCUCGCUCCCAGUCCGAGUCUGUAAAGUCUACUUGGCCUUUGCGAUAACCACUUCCAUCAUGACUACUAGUUCAGAGAAACAGAAGAAGACAGCUGCUUCUGAGCAGACUGCAUCUGAGCUGCCGAAUGGUACUGCAGAGGGAUUUGAGAACACUUACCUCAAGGAUCUCCAGAAGAGCCUUCGCAAUGCCACGAAGAAACUGAACGCUACCUCCAAAGUCGAUGCCAUUGUGGCAGAGAACCCUGGAAAAUUGCUAGAUGACCUAGUCGCGGAAAAGAAACUCAACGCCGAUCAAAAGGCCCAGAUCCUGAAGAAGCCAACCCUGCAAGCCAACAUCGCUCAGCUUGAAGAGCAGAUCGGCCACUAUAAGAAGUUUGCUACUUACUACGAGGAGCGGCUUGCCAGUCAGAAGGCUGAUCUUGAGAAGGCACACAAGGCGGAGUUGGAGGCUAUCCGGGAAACCGUCGUCGCCGAGACCACUAGAGCAAAUGAGAAGCUGUUCAAAGACCAAUUGCUUGCUCUUAGCAAGUUCCUUUCCGCCGCUGCGACCAUGAGACGCUCGGGUGAUGAGACUUCUAUCCAGAGUCGUGCAUUUGAGGGUGUUCUCUACCAGGUCUAUGGUGGCACCCCUGAAGCCGUUACUCUCAUACAGAAACUGGUUGACGGCGUGGAAGAGAAGAUUGCUAGUGUUGAGGGGGAGAUCCUUGAUUUCACUUGUGAGUCAGAUACACUUGGUUCUCUUCUAUUUUGUUAUUAUACACUUCUUUGGCCUUCAGAUCGCUGACCCUUUCUUUUUUUUUUUAAAAAAAAAAAAAGACGGUAAGGUGAAGCAGGUCUCGGAAGAAUAUGCUCCUGCCACCGAGGCAAUAUGCACUGGAGAGGCUGCGACAACUACAGAGAUCGCUCCAACAUCUGAUCCUACUCUGGUUAAUGCUGGUCUCACUGAGCUCCAGGAUACCACUAUGGGAGGUAACGGUAUCAACGCUGCGGCCCCGUCUCAGCAGACGGAGAUUGCUCCUCCUGCGCAAACCCUUGUGUCGGAUGCUGCGAACCCAGUCGCGCAAGCUAAUUGGGAUCCUAAUUCUACUGGCUCUGUCGAUGCUACGACGACUGAGAAUGGGACGGAGGUGCCACGCGCGCCCGCUGAAACCGAUACUGGACUUCAGGCGACCCCAGUCGCGGUCGAUAUCGGUUUGAAGAACAACCCUACUGCAGCUCAGAGCUCUGGCGCAUGGGCCGAAGAUGUGUCGGCGGCCCCUGCUUCUUCUGCCUCCAAGGAACACAGCAGCGAUGGGUUCGAACCGGUGGUGCAUCAUCAGAGACAACACAGUGGACGUGGCCGUGGUCGUGGACGCGGUCGUGGCGAUGGAUUCCGUGGUCGUGGUCGCGGCGAUUUCAGAGGCCGUGGACGAGGCCGCGGAGAAUUCCGUGGUAACCGCGGGCGAGGUGCAUUUGGAGGCCAGCAAGGCCAUCAAGGUCACGGAGCCAACGGCGCUGUGGCCCCUGCCACGGAACCCCGGUAGUAAUCUUCGGCAUGUCAGACACAGUGGCAGUUAUUUCAUCGGAUACCAGUGUCCUAGUUGCUCUCGCGAAUGAAUAUCUCUCUGCAUUAAGUCCAAGUUUUCGCAAGAGCCUUUCUUCGCUCGCAUGCCUCGCCUCUUGCGAUGGCAAUUCCUUUAUUCCGCCCCCCUCUGGCCUCUCUUUUCUCUUCUCUCGACCUUGCCCGGAUGUUUGACCUCGUUGAUUACUUGAGUUAUGGUUCACGAAUACAAUGAUUCCAGAAUCAUGAGUUUAGGGUACUCUGUGAUGGACCUUUACUUUCAUCAUUGCCUCGCGCUUCAAUCCUCUUUUUUUUUUCCUUUUUCAAAUCAUUUAAAAAGUUGUUGAUUGUAUUUGUCCUGAGUUAUUGAGCGUGCAUAUGGUUGCUCUUCAUUUGAUGCUUCUUCCAUUUUCUUUUCUUUACAGACCCACCAUCACAUGAUUCUAAUUUUCUUUCACCAUUGUACACUUCUCAUGUAUUCUACCUUGUAUUUGGCUGGUGGGUUUGGUCUGCGGCAUCUUUCAUGAGGGACAGUCUGAGAGGCAGGGACUGGAGGAGUUUUAGGGCCAGUAAAGGGAAAGGAACAAUGGAUGCAGUACAGGAUGGAGCAAUGAAGCGUAUCUGUGGUUAAUUCAAUAUCCGCAUACUGUCACACACACAUGCAUGCAUG